UACCAUCCUCGUAAAGUUUCCUAUUCAUAUACUUGUCUCCCUUCGGUAUUAUCUUCAUUUUAGGUCCCUCUUCCUUUUUCUCUUAACAUCCUCUACGCUUUCCUCCACCAAACCCUAAUCUCAUCGCAAUUCCGAUCUUAGUCUCGCCCCUUACUUAAUUCAAUUCACUCGAUUCUCUCCCCUAGCCCAAUUUGACACCCAAUUCACAGAUCUCCUUCUCUGAUAGCCAGGAACAAAAAUGUCUUUUCCACGGAAUUUCCGUUCGCAAGUAGGCACUGCUAAUGAUGACUAUCGGUCCUGCUUCAGUGGGAGCAAUUUCAGCAACAACAGGAAUCAGGGCAGGAACAAUUAUAAUAAUAGGAGUCAUUCCAAUAUCAAUGACUACAUGGGGAAAGUUUGGCAGCCUAAUGAUAAUUUCUAUAAUGUUAAGCCUCAUAAUUCCAUUCAUGUUAAUCCAAAUGGUGCCGGAGCCCCUUCUUUGAAAAGGAGAAGGUUUUCAGCUUCUACAUGGGGAGGCAGUGGGAGACACUAUGUGCUGCCUGGCAUGUAUGACACAGCCCCUUCAACCUGCAAUUAUGCAGUCCCUCCUCCCACAAGAUCCAAUGUUGAGGCCUCUGCGUCUGCUAGCUGUAAACGUGACUGCUCACUAUUAGAAGAUGAUGAACCAGUCUUCAUGUCAAGGGAAGAGAUUGAGAGACACUCCCCGUCAAGGAAGGAUGGUAUUGAUGCACUUCGUGAAGCUCAUUUGCGGUACUCGUAUUGCACCUUCCUUCAGAAUCUUGGAUUGCGACUUGACUUGCCACAAACAACUGUUGGCACUGCCAUGGUUCUAUGCCACCGGUUUUUUGUUCGACAAUCACAUGCUUCCCAUGAUAGAUUUGUGAUUGCUACUGCUGCUCUCUUUCUUGCUGCAAAGUCUGAGGAAACUGCACGCCCUUUGAACAAUGUGCUGAGAGCAUCUUGUGAAAUUUCCCAUAAGCAGGAUAUUUCUUUCUUGUCCUAUCUGCCCUCUGCUGAUUGGUUUGAGCAGUAUCGAGAACGAGUAAUUGAGGCUGAGCACAUGAUACUGUCUACUCUAAAUUUUGAGCUUAAUGUGCAGCAUCCAUAUGCUCCUCUUACGUCCAUUCUUAACAAAUUAGGUCUUUCACAAACUGUUUUGGUCAAUCUGGCAUUAAGCUUGGUCAGUGAAGGGCUUCGAAGCUCACUGUGGCUUCAAUUCAAACCUCAUCAUAUUGCUGCUGGAGCUGUCUACCUUGCUGCUAAGUUUCUGAAUUUGAAUCUUGUUUUCUAUCAAAAUAUAUGGCAAGAGUUUGAAACAACACCCGCAAUUAUUCAAGAUGUAUCGCAGCAAUUGAUGGAGCUCUUCUGAGAAGGCUAGCCGAACCCUAGUAGGCUGCAUGUUGAUGUCGCUUUCCAGGUCUUGUUGGUAAAUAUUCUUGUAAUGUGUGACAUGUGAGUUACUAAGUGAUGAUAACGACAAUCAUCGGUAUAGUAUAGUUUAGGUUUCGAUGCAAGAAGGUUGAUGACUUUGAUGGAACGAUAAAGAUCACCAGUGACCAGUAUGCAAAUUAGAGGAGAUGAUCCAUCUGUUCGAAGGACUGGUGGUAGAACUACACGUUAAAGAAGCAUUGAAAUGAGUUUUUUUUUUCUUCGAAAAAAGGGUGAUCCCCUUCUCUCCUAGCAUUUCUUGAAAGAUAAUUCUUUUUUCUUUUUCUUUUUCUUUUUUUUUCCCAGUGCUGGGUUUCAUUAAACAAAUUUAGGCAUCUUACUUUGGUAAUUUAUGAGACCGACAAGAAGAAAUUACUAGAUGGUUUCACAAAUUUGGGCGGUUCUUAUUUUUGGGUGCAUGUUUCCACUUCUCUUGGAUUGUGGCAUGCCCAAUGCACGUUUUGAUAGGUGGGUGUAUGGUUAUGAAAAGUGAACUUGCUACAACACAUUUUGCUA